AUGUCUGCGUACUCGCCGUCGGCCAGCCUGCCGUUCAUGCCCAUGCCUGGGCAGCCAGGGCCGGCCUACCCGCUGCUGUUUCGAUCGGAGACCGAGAUUCCUCCCUUCUUCGUGCAAUAUCGAUGGUGGGAAGAUGAGGCCGCCACGGUGUUCUGGGCUUUUGACCCCCUGGAAAUCCAGCGAGUGAUCCGGUUUGGGCUCUACUCGAACGCGAGCCUGCCCCGGUCGAUCCUCCAGAAUCGCGAUCCCCAUACCAUUCGGGAGAUCCUGGUCUCACUUGUGAGCCCGGAUGAACUGGCCUUUGUGGACAGCCUGUCGCCUCUGCAGAAGGUGGAGGAGAUUCUCCGCCGGUGUCGGGACAACCGGGCUCCUCUGGUCCCCUGGAGCUGGGUCCCAACCCAACGGGAUCGGGACAUGAACCCUCUCCGCAUCGCCGAAGCCAUCGAUGCGGAGAGCCAGGUUCAGUUCACCCGCAUCUCGUUUGAGAGGCUGGUCCGCUACUCCCUGACCCUCAAGGAGCCCGCGGUCGAAUGGUUUCUACAACAGCAUACGGCGCUCUAUAUCCACCUCAUUCACUUUCUGCAGAUGUUCCCGGAGGAGCUGCCCCGGUACCUGGAGGUCGAACAGCAUCUCCGGUCUCGCAGCCCAUUUGCCCACCGGGCGGUGCACCAGUGCCUACGCGACCUCCGACAAGCCGUGCCGGGGCGGUCCUCGUCUCCGGCCUUUGAAUUCGUGGCGGGACCCAUCCAACAGUUAUUCCUCUCGUUUCCGCCGAGCCUCAAAGAUGCGUUGAAGGUGCUCUCCGUCCUGGGGGCGCGGUUUGAGCGCACCUACAUCCACGCCCGGGAGAUGAACUGGACCAAGCCAUUUGCCGUGGACUUUUCCUUCCUGGAGGACUUGACGGCGUCGAUGUCGGCGGACGACUUUGCCAAAACGAUUACGACGGGCGACCAGAGCUGUUUCUCAGGACUGACCCAGAAAAGCUUUGUGGAACCGGAUGCCGUUAUCAAACGACUGCUGGUGACGUGGGAGCUGAUGAGCAUGGCGGUGUGGGAGUGCUGCACCGGGUUGCCCGAGCUGAUCGAAUACAUUGAAGAGCUGGCCCAGGCCCUGUACAAUCGGCACGACUACCAUGCCUUCGCGGCGAUCCUUAGCGGCCUCUUCCGGUACAACACGUCGUUUCUGAAGAUCCAUGGCAACACGGCCAUCCCGAGCCCGGUGCUCCCUCAACUCGCGGGCCUGAUGGAUCCGGCGGAGAACUUUGUGGCCUACCGACAGGAGUUCCAGCAGCGGCCGGGCAUCCCCUUUCUCUUCCCCCAUAUCCGGGAGUACCAGCAGCACGGGCCGCCCGCCCUGCACCAGCUGUUCCAGCGAUUGCAGACGAGCAAUCUCGAGAGCAAUCUCCACUAG